CUGGUGGAAAAGUCCCUGGUUGAGAGGAAUGAAGUCAGAUCAGCCCCAGUGUCGGAGGAGAGAGGAUACUCACCUGUUGAACAGCAGCAGUCUGCUUUAAAUACACUUUUAAUUCAUUAGUUUUUUCUCUCUGAGAGUCUCAGAGUCCGAGCCUUCAGGAUGACGGACGCUCUUUUACCAAACGGCAUCAAAGACAGCGGAGGAGACAACAAUUAUUUCCGAAAGGGUUGUAACCCGUUCGCCCAAACCGGACGAAGCAAACUGCAGAAUAAGCGAGCCAGUGUGAACCAGCAGAUCAUCAAACAGAUGAGGAUGAGGGCUGGAGCUGAGAACCUGCUGAAGGCGACAUCUAACAACAAGGUUAAAGAGAUGGUUCUGUUGGAGCUGAGUUAUGUUAACUCCAACCUACAGCUUCUGAUGGGACAGCUGGAAGGACUCAACAGCUCAGUGGAGGUCUACCAGAACACCCACGAAACGGCCAACAUCCCCCUCAUUGCUCUGGGUCUUAAGGAAACAAAAGAAGUUGACUUCUCUACUCCAUUCAAGGACAUCAUCUUGGAGCACUACAGUGAGGACGGGAACAAUUUUGAAGAUGAGAUUGCUGACCUGAUGGACCUGCGACAGGCUUGCAGAACGCCGAGUCGAAACGAGGCAGGGGUGGAGCUGCUGGCCAAGUACUCCAGCCAUCUUCCACUGAUGGAGAGUCGAUUCUUCUCCCCAACCCGCCAGACCGGCAUCUUCUUCACAUGGUAUGACUCCUUCACUGGAGUGCCGGUGUGCCAACAGAACCUGUCACUAGAGAAGGCCAGCAUCCUCUUCAACAUGGCCGCCCUCUACUCUCAGAUCGGUACUCGCAGUGACCGACAGACCAUAGUUGGGCUGGAGGAGGCCAUCUCUUCCUUCCAGAAAGCUGCAGGUAUCCUGAACCACCUGAAGGAGACAUUCACCCACACUCCCAGCUACGACAUGAGUCCAGCCAUGCUCAGUAUGUUGAUUCGGAUGAUGCUAGCUCAGGCUCAGGAGUGUCUGUUUGAGAAGACUGCACUGCCUGGAAUCCGAAACCAGUUCUUCUCUCUGCUCAAAAUGGCCCAGGAGGCUGCCAAGGUCUCAGAAAUCUAUGACCAAGUCCAUCAGUCCAUGAUCCAGACGCCAAUCAAAGACAAUGUCCCGUUGUUCUGGUCCACCAUGUCGCAAGUCAAGACCAACCACUACUGCUCCAUGGCACACUACUUUGUAGCCUCAGUGCUGCUGGACCACCAGUUGGGUCCCAGUGAUGAUGAGGACCAGCAGGAGAAGACCUUGUCUCAGGUCUAUGACCGCCUUCCUGAGGGACGCUCUCCUCUUGACAUCCUGAAGAAGAAAGAUGAACGUGAGCGCAUUGGUAAAGCACACAUUCGUCGGGCCAUCCAGGGCCACGAGGAGGCUCUUAGGAUCUACAGUUUGUGCCACCACUUGAACAAACUGGAGGUCCUGCAGGAUAUUUUAAAAGCCAGUCACGAGCGCUCGCUCAACAAGUACACUGAAAAUGAAAGUGAGGAAGAGUUUGCUGACUACAUGGAGGCACCAGACAUCAUCUCUAAAACAGAGCACAAAGCAGAGAUGGAGGUUCCUGCAACCACAAAGGUGAAAGUCACCGACUUUUUCCAGAGGCUGGGCCCUCUGUCAGUCUUCUCAGCCAAGCAGCGGUGGACAGCCCCGCGGACAAUACGACUUCACCCAGAAGACAGAGACUUGGGUUUCACUCUGAAAGGAGAAACACCAGUCCAAGUGGUUUCAUUAGACCCUCUCUGCCCAGCCGCUGCUGACGGGCUUAAAGAGGGUGACUACAUUGUUGCUGUGGGCGACACUGACUGCAAAUGGAUGGGAGUGAGCGAGGUGAUGCGGCUGCUGAAGGACGUGAAUGAGGAGGGGAUCGACAUCCAGGUGGUCAGCAUGAUGGACAGCAACCCUCCCAUGCCAACCAAGAGUGCCACCUUCUGCGGAAACCUGCCCAAGACCUACUCCAUGAUUUGUCUGGCCUACGAUGACGACGACAAGAACCCCAAGUCCCGCAAAGUAUCUAAGAAGUCAUCCUUCAUCAGCUGGGGCCUGAAGAACAAACUGAAAAGCGCCAGCACCCUCAGCCUUCCCACAGCCGACCACUCUGGCACCCUGCCCUGGAAUAAACCUCGUCCCUCAUUCCCCAGCUCCAGCUCCUACAACAAUGACAGCGUCCUCUACUGAGCUAGCUGCAGGCUUUUUACUGUCUGCUAGCAUCGUACAGUACGCGUAUUGAGCCUACUAAGGCUGUAUACAGCACUGUGCUGUACCCAUACUGGACCUGCUAUGGUACAGUGUCAGUGCCCUUUGGUUUUUCCACUGGAAUACUGAGCGGUAGUGUAUGUAGCUUGUAUGUGACCAGUGUAAUGUUGACAUUUCUGCCAGCUACCUUGGAAAGUGGCUGUGCUAAAUACUGUACAUGGGCACUGAUGUAGGUACAUGGGUGCCCUCCCAGCACAGUUCAGUAUAUCUGAAGUAAACUGGACUGUACACCAAACAUAAUGGGAAAUCACUGUGUACCAUGCCAGUAUGCGUACAGCACAGUACAACUGCACUGUGGGAAAAACAUACCCGUUACCAUUCCAGUCUAUAUAUAUACAUAGCACUGAGACAGACUCGUAAGUCAAACUGUCAUCUCAGUAUAGUUUCUUGAAGAAACGCUCCAGAUGAAUUGAAGGACGGAAACAACGUUGUACAAACACACCCAGUGUUGGUUUUCACUUGACUGCAAGGGGGUGAUUUUAUUGUGGCUUAAGCGGUCCCUUGUCAGCUCCAUUGUGUACUGAUGUAGCUGUGCACUGUGCAGUUAGAAGGUACUUUUCUGUGUAUCCUCAAUACAUGUCUGUUUCAUACUGUAUACGUGAGGGAUUUGGUCACCAACCAGGGAUACUGAUCAGUUUUGGGGUUUAAAAUACAUAUUUUAUGAAUAGAUAUGUAGGUAUAAUUAACCUUGUUACAGUGUGUUAAACAGUGAUUGAGGGAAACAAAUUGUGCUGUGCAGUAGUUUUUUUUGUCUGGGGAGAGUCGAUAAAUGCAAUUUUCUAUAAGCUGCUAUACACACACACAUCUUGGUUAUGUAUUAUUGUCACUUUUGUAUUUGUGAGACAGCCUUUAAGGAUUAUUGAUUCUGCUGAGUGCCACGCCUGGGACACAAUGUAAAUGGAAAUAUUGAUAAUUUAGGUUUGCUUGAUGUACCAGUUAUGCCACAGACCAAAAUGCCUCCAUGUUGCUGAUAUGCCAGGAUGUAUCAUUACCAUGCUGACUCAUCUCAGUAGCUCACCAACUUCUGGCCCUCCUUCUCUAGAGCUGCUGCUGUCUGGCAGUUUAUCAGUUUGUAAGAAGAGCACGAGCUGUGUGUCUCUGUUAAUGUGAAUCUUGAUUUAGUUAAAGGUUAUUUUAUCUCCAGAAGGGAAGAAUGUGGGCAGACUGAUUACAUUCCUGUAUAGCACCUGGACAGCCAGUCACCAAACAGUGACUUUGAUCAAAGCCCACAGCCAGGUUUCUACUAUUUUUCUCUACCUGUGUAAAUCCUAGUCGCAUCCCACAUUUUACUGACACUCCGCAGUGUUGGACUAUCUCUUUAUCUACAAAGUAGAUUCUUAUACACAUUUGAUAAUCAAAUUAUUUAUGUAAUAAAAAAAACACACAAAAAUAUAUAUAUGUAUCUUUUAAGCUGUAGGUUUCAGAACUAGCUUGUGAAUGGUCAUGUUGUGAAUUUUUGCACGUUGGAUUUCUUGGUUGGUUUCUUGGAGGAAUGUAUUUUACUAGCCUUGCUUAAUCCUUUGGUGAACUUAUUUACUGGUACAUUUUGUCUAUGUAAAGAUAUUUUAAAAUGUAAAUGUUUUUAAACCGUAACACUGAGAAUAUGUAACACUCUUUGCUGUCUCUGUUUACCUAUAUGGUGUCUUAAGUGCCAUUUAUGCUAAAUCAUGAAGGAAAUGUUGGUUAAGUGUAUAAUAAGAAUGUGCAGUGAUUGAUUCAUAUUAAUAAGUGCUAAGAGUUCUCUUGCAGAGGCUUGUAUACCUACACAGAUGAUGUUGUAGACAUAACAGAUCUUUACAUGCAUUUCACAGUGCAUAGUGAUCCUAAAUGCCUUGUGUAUAUGCAGAGGAUAAAGGUACCUGUUCUUCUUAAGGUUUCAGGUUGCUUUUGCUGCUUUCUCUGUACUUUGUGCUGCAUAGCAACUGUGGUCGGAAUGCUUUUGUGUCAGUUCUUUGUGUCUCGUGUAAACUCAAAUCUCAAUAAAAAAAAGGGGGACAAAACUUA